UGGAGACACUACCAGAGGAGUUGGCUCCUGCCCCUCCCACUCCUGCUCCUGCCCCCGAUGUGGCCCCAACAACCCCUGCCCCUCCUCAUGUAAGUCCCCUGUCAGUCCCUCCCUUACCCGACAAUGGUCCUUUGUCUGUCAUGACGAACGGACCUAUGUCAGUUGGCCCUUCUGGACUGAUGAGCCCAGCAUGCCCCAUGUCUAUUGGACCGAUGUCAGUAGGACCAUCCGGUCCAAUGUCGGUAGGACCCUCUGGUCCCAUGUCUGUAGGACCAUCUGGUCCUAUGUCGGUAGGACCAUCCGGUCCCAUGUCGGUAGGACCGUCUGGUCCCAUGUCGGUGGGGCCAUCUGGUCCUAUGUCGGUGGGACCGAUGUCCGUUGGACCAGUAGAACCUCCUAUGUCUGUGGCUCCAGCCACUCCUGCACCUCAAAACACACCCUUCCCCCUUGAUAACAGUAUUCCACAUCUGGCAGAACAGGUGAGUGAUGGCGUACACCUCGCAUGUCUAGUUGUGGUUCACUAACACUCAGAGUAACUUAAUUUGUAUUGAUGGUGAUGGAAGACAUCUUAACUAUAUCGUUUAAUAUAAAGGCAAUCAGCAAUGUCUGCAUGGAGUCUCUCAGACAGAGCACUGUACUUGGAGAGCAGUGUGGUCAUAUUGUGAUCAAGGUUAUAAUAAUUACAAUUCUGAUAAAGAACUUAAAUCCUGUAGCGUUUCUUUUU